AUCUGAUAAGAUUUUUGUUUUCUUCAUCGUCGUCGUCGGAGUGAAUUAGGGAUUGGAGAGAAUGACGAUGAACUCGCUUCCGAGGAGAUUUGGGAAGAGUCAAGGCUAUUUGGAUCGAGAUUAUCGAAACGGAAGGAGAUCUGAUUCAGAAUCCGAUGAAGAAAUGAAAGGACUGAGUCACGAGGAGUAUAGGAGGCAUAAGCGGCUUAAGUUGAGGAAAUCAGCGAAGUUCUGCUUUUGGGAGAACACACCGAGUCCACCUAGAGAUCCGAACGAGGACUCCGAUGAGAACGCCGACGAGAUUCUGGAUAGGAACGGCGGCGAAAAGGAUGAAAAUUCGAAAGGAAAAGAUAAGAAAGGUAAAUCGGGUUCUGAAUCUGAUUCUGGGAAGUCAGAUUCGGAAUCUGAGUCUGAUGGUUUGAGAUCUAGGAAGCGGAAAGGGAAGAGCUCGAGGUCUAAGCGCAGGCGAAGGAGAUCGUAUGAUAGUGAAAGUGAAUCUGAAGUGAGUGAGAGUGAUUCGGAAGAGGAAGAUAGGAGACGAAGGAGGAAGAGUUCUAAGAAGAAGAAAAGUAAAAGCAGUCGUAGUAGUAGGAAAAAGCGAAGUCAUAGGAGAAAGAGGAGAUACAGUGACUCUGAUGAGAGCAGCGAUGAAGACAGUAAAGCGGAGGAAUCUGAGAUUAGUGCUUCGUCUUCUGGGGAAGAAGAUACCAAGUCAAAGAGCAAGAGGAGGAAGAAAUCUUCUAGUUCGAAACGAAGCAAGGGAAAGAAAACGAAGUCAGAGACUGAAAGCGAUGGUACUGAGGAUGAUUCGAAGAUGCAAGUAGAAGAAACAGUGAAGAAUACUGAAGUAGAACUUGAUGAAGAGGAGUUGAAGAAGUUCAAAGAGAUGAUUGAAUUGAAGAAGAAAUCUUCAGCUCCUGAUGAAGAGGAAGAAGCUGAUGUUGGUCCAAUGCCAUUACCUAAAGCUGAAGGACACAUCAGUUAUGGUGGUGCUUUAAGACCUGGUGAAGGAGAUGCUAUAGCACAGUAUGUUCAGCAAGGUAAACGUAUCCCACGUAGAGGAGAAGUGGGUCUUAACGCUGAAGAGAUUCAGAAGUUUGAGGAUCUUGGUUAUGUGAUGAGUGGAAGUAGACAUCAAAGGAUGAAUGCUAUCCGUAUUAGAAAGGAAAACCAGGUUUACAGUGCUGAAGACAAACGGGCAUUGGCUAUGUUUAACUAUGAGGAGAAGGCCAAGCGAGAGGCGAAGGUUAUGACUGAUUUGCAGCGGCUUGUGCAGCGCCAUAUGGGAGAAGAGUUAGGGCCUAAUCAUGACCCUUUUGGUGCUACGAAGACUGAUGGAGCUGAUGAAUGAUUUUGCUUUGCUUCCUGCUUCUGCUUGUGUGGGUACUCAUCUUAUGCUUUAUCUUGUAGACUGUUCCUUAUUUGCAACAUAUAUACUGUUGUUUGCUACUUGGCCGUUAAUGAGCUUCAUAGUUUAUGCUUUAAUCUGCGCGUUUUGUGUUAAAGAUGAAAGGUUCUGACUUAAAGGAUAUGCAAAUGUUCUUAUGCA